UUUCAACUAUGCUAAGACCUUCAUAUUUGUUAAUAAUACAAAGAUGCCAAAGUGUUGGCAUUCUUGAUAAAAAAAACGUUCAUACUAAAAAAAUAAAAAUUGUAUUUGAAACUAUUAUUUAUAAAGUUGAUUCCGGAAAAAAAAAUAUAUUUUUUUUUGUGCUCUAUAAACUACGUCCGUAAGACAAUAAACCACGUAUGUAUGGUUUGUAUCUUCAAACUUGGUGAAAUUUUAGAAUUUCGGGCGUUAGUGUAGUCCGGUUGUUUCGAUUGAAAAUAAAGUGCUAAAUUUACCUAAAAGUGGAUAGUGUUAAAAAUAAUAUUGAUUUUGCGGGCAUACGAGUAUGUUUGUACAUAUUUACAAAUAAAUUUCAUAUUCAGCACGCUCCGCCUGGCUUUAAUUAAGCAUACAAGAACUAAUGCUUAACUAAUGCUUAUCAAAAAUUCGCGCAAGCGACAAAAAAAGGCACAGACGCACCGUCAUUGACCAAUAAGAUUCGAGCAAGCUGUGUAUUAUUUCCUAGUAUGUAAUAUUACAACAAAAUCAAAUUUAUUCAUAAGGAACGCGCACGUUCCACGAUGUCAAGUGAGUUCAUAACUCUGCCGUUUUUUUCCUGUGCGCCUCUUUCAACCAUAAUUCAUUUUCACAAGGAACCUCCCCUCAAAUGCUCGAGAAUAACAAAAAGAAUUUGAAACAAAAUUUAAUAAAAAAAUGUCAAUAAAAUUGAGAAGAAAAAUAGCUUGAAAACUUCAUAUUUGCAUGUUGUCCAGAAAUUGAAGAAUCGUUGUUCACUUCAGAAAAAAAGCGCAAAGUGGCUCAUUGGCGACUCUCAAAAUUUAUCUCAUUUAUUUAUUUUUUCAUGUAUAUGUAUGUGGUAUUGAAUUAAAAAAAUACUAUUUAUAUGAACUUCUGUAUCCUGCAACAUAAUUAUUUUAUAUUUUUACGUAAUAUAUAUUUUCACAGUUUUUCGAUUUAGCCCAUUUUAUAUAUUCCACGCUAAGAAAAUGCAGCCCAAUCAAAAAAUCGUAGUACUUGAAAAGAGCAUAAGUCAAUUUUGAAUAUAAAAGCACUGCAAAAUGAACAAAAAUGUAAACAUAGCCAACAUAGCCAAGGAUAAGUUAGUGACAGGGUACAUGUAUUUAAAAUCUUAAUAGGUACGCGCAUAAAAAUAUUUAAGAACAUAAAAAUAUCGAUUGCCACCAAACUUUUCAGGAAUACGCCCUCAGUGAUCUGCAGUGAAUACUUGGCUACUCUCAAAAUCAUGAAUCUCCUCUACUCCUUACUCAUACUUGUUCUCAAAAAAAAAAAAAAUAUUACCUUCUCACAAUCGCAUGAAUUGCUUGUUUAAUAAUGAGUGUGAAUAUGUCUCACAACCACUUAUCGUUUACACUUGGCUUGGCUUGCUUCUCUCCAUACAAUUGUUUAAGCUAUUCGCUGCAUACCAUUAGAUGAGUUGAAAGGUUCAUAGUUUAUUCAUGAAUACAUUCACUAACAUUCACAAAUUCCGAGCCUAUUCAAAAUAUUAAUAAAUCGUAAAAACUACAAAACUGAAACUUCUUUAUUUCUCAUCUCUACUUCUCGCAACCACUUGAAAAUAGCAUUAAGGGAGAAAAGAUUUUCAAAGCAAAGUUCAUUUUGGUUUGAAGCUUUGAACAGUACACAGAUCUAAGAAUGAGAAAAGCGGAAACAUGAUUCGUUCUUAGUGAAUAAAUUGUUUGGUGAAUUUUGCUAUAAAGUGGAGCUGAUUAGCUGAAAGCCAACGUCUAAAAUAGUGCGAGAACAAAGGGUUAAAAAAUUAUGACUGAUCAAAAUAGAAUAAUAGUGUUUAAAUGAGUUAAGCAUCCGCCUACUUUACCCGAAAAAACUGGCGCACCCUAAUACGACCACGCAAUUCACCACAGCUGAUGACACCACAACAGAACACCAACACAUCUCACUACAGCUGUACAUCAACCCACUCAUCGAAAGGGAUAGAAAAAAAGGGAAAGCGGACACAAUUCGACUCUCAUGUAAUUCGAUCAUAAACUUGCGCAAGUACACUACGCCUCGUCGGCGCCUCACAAUCCGUUCUAAACAUUCGUCACAUAAACUUCGCAUCUCCAUUUUCCUUUUUUUUCGACACUCAACCCGCGCGCUACAAUUGACUCUCGCUAAUACACAUUAAAUCGGAUCUAUACUGCAUGCGGCGUACAACAAUAAACCAAUAAUUAUACCAAUAAAUUCGACCGGGAUCCUGCAUGGCAUGUACCGAAUGCCUUUAUAUACUUAUUAUACAUCUUUAUUAUUCUGUGAAGUGUCAAAAUUGAUCCUUUUUAAUAAAUUAAAUUGUAUUAAAAAAUAUAAGAGUUCUUUUUUCUUGCACCCGUGUAACUAUGGUCCUUCGAGCCUUACCGAAAGGCACCUCGGAUAAUUUAUAAAAAAAAAAAACAUUAAAUACAUAUAUACAGUGCCAAAGUGCAUAAAUGUGUAUAUAACUACAAAUUGUGGUGACAAAACUUAAAAAAAAGUGCAGUGGAAAAAAGACAAAAAAAAAAGUGCAGUGACCCAGCCAAAAAAAAAACAUAUAUACAUAAUAAACAAAAAAGGGAUUUAACGAACUAAAAGUAACGUGCGCCAAAUCUAAACACAUAACAACAAAAAGACAAAUAAAUAAAAAACAUAAAGUGCAGUGACUCAAAUAGAAAAACAAAAAAUCAAAUUAAAAUAAACAAAACAAAUUAAAAUAUAUUUAUAUGUACCAAAAAAGAUUACAAAAAGGUGGAGUGACAAACACAAAAACAAAUUACAAAGAAAAACAAAACAAAAACCAAGAAAGAAAAACAUAAAUCGGGCGCGAAAUGUAUAGCUGUUAGGUGCAAAACAACGCAGAAAACGAGCGCGAAACCACCAACCUAAAAGUAUAUCAAUACAACAAACACUAUUCGGGCGCGAACAGAAACAAAAAACAAACUACAAACAACAAACAAACACAACAGGUCCAACCAACUGAGAGAAGCAUAUACAUAAUAUCAAAUAUCUAACUAUUCGAAGCUUACUUACUAGCUUAACUUACAAAAAACCGUACAAAUUCAAACAUUUCUUUCUGAAAAAUUUCCAGCAGUACCCCUUAGGUUUUAUAAAGCAUUAAGCAGGACCGCAUACAACAAGUACCAAGGCAACAAUAGUCGAAAAUAUAAAAUAAAAGACAAAACCGGAAAAUAAGUAUAUUAUAUCUGCAUAUAUACAUAUACAGCCAAAAAUAUUUCCAAAGUGCAUAUUCACAUAUAAAGGUGUGCAACUUUUUUUGAAUUCCGUUUAAAAUCUCUCUCUCACUUUUUGGAAAAAAUAUAAUAACAUUUAUAUACAAAUAUACGGAAAAGAAUCUGCCAGUGACACUAGCAAAAUCUCAUAUUACAUAUUAACACAUUAGUACAAACAAAUAUUCAAAGACCAUAUUGGCAAUUAUCCGGCAAUACCCCUUGUUCUUUGGCUACCAAAAACAAGCAGGAUUGCAUACAAAAAGCGAAUUGAUCUCUCUAACGAGCUCUCAAUUGCUUAAAACAAAAACAAACCAAACAGAAUUACGCAAGCAUUACAGCAUAUUGUUUGGUCAUAUACAUUAGCACAAACAAUUUGUGCAUACUAAUCAAAAAAGCGAAUUGAUCUCUCUAACGAGCUCUCAAUUACUUAAGAAUACAGUAAUACCCCGACUUACGCUACCCCGUUUUACGCGAAUUCGAAGAUACGCGGUUUUUCAUUUUGAUUGCCGCGCGCAUCGGCUCUCUCGCUCCGCCCACUCAGUAUUCAAUUUGCGACAGGUUUAAACGUGUUCCGCGUGAAAUUGUUUUAAGUGCGCAGUGCGUUUUACUUAUAAUUUCUAAUUAUGCCGUCUAAAAGAACGAAAAAUGAGUCAUUUGAGCCUAACAAGAAAAGAAAAACACUGUCUUUGGAGUGUAAACUGAAUAUAAUUAAAGACUUUGAAGCAAAAAUGAAAAUUUGUGAAUUGGCAAAGAAAUUUGACCUACCGGAAUCAACAGUCCGAACAGUUGUAAAAGGUAAAGAAAAAAUUAUGACCGCUGUGAAAGACUCUCAAUCUUUGAAUUCAAGUAUCAUCCGUAAGCGUCACGGUAUUAUCGCACAGAUGGAAACAUUGCUACAGUCAUGGUGUGAUAAUCAAGUAAGAGUGAAAAAUUGUCCUGUUGAUCAAAAUACAGUGUGCUUUCAAGCAAAGCAGAUUUUUGAAAAACUAAAAGAAGAAGCUGGGGAGGCGGCUGAAAAUGAAGUGUUUAAAGCUAGUAACGGCUGGUUCAGCCGAUUUAAGAGUCGUUGUAAUUGGCAUAGCAUCGCAGAGAGUGGAGAAGCGGCAAGCGCUGAUAAAGAAACUGCAUCUCUCUAUCCAGAAAAACUCAAAACAAUGAUAGAUGAAGGUGGCUACACUAGUCAAACUAUUUUCAACGUAGAUGAAACAGGUCUUUUUUGGAAGAAAAUGCCUAAAAAAACUUUUAUUGCGCGUGAAGAGAAAACUUUUCCAGGUUUUAAAGCCGCCAAGGAUCGAUUAACAGUGAUGGUUGGUGCGAAUGCAGCUGGAGAUUGUAAAUUAAAACCUCUCUUAGUUUAUCGCUCAGAAAAUCCAAGAGCCUUAAAAAAUAAAUCUAAAGCUGGUUUGCCUGUCAUUUGGAAGUCUAAUGCAAAAGCUUGGGUGACAGCUUCUCUUUUUGAAGACUGGUUUGGCCAUCAUUUUAUUCCUGAAGUCGAACGUUACUGCCGAUUAAAAGAAAUCCCAUUUAAAGUGAUGCUACUAAUUGACAAUGCGCCAGGUCAUCCUCCCGCAACUCUAAUUAAUUUCGAUCCACGUGUGGAAGUUGUAUUUUUGCCACCAAACACUACCAGCUUGCUUCAACCAAUGGACCAGGGAGUCAUUAAAACAUUUAAAGCUUACUACACAAGGCGGUCAUUUGCACAUCUACAUGAAGCUAUGAGACAAAACAAUGAGCUUUCUGUUAAAGACUUUUGGAAGCAAUUCAAUGUUUUAGAUGCUGUAAGAAUUAUUGGACAAUCUUGGAAUGAGGUUUCACAAAAAACUCUCAAUGGUGUCUGGAAAAAACUGUGUCCAUUUUUUUUCACCUCUGAAACCCAAGGAGAAACCAUUUCAGAUCCUGAACAAAUCGAUAGCAUAAUAGAAGAAGUGGUCGAUAUCGCCAAGCAAUUAAAUUUAGAGGUCGAUAAUGAUGACGUUCAAGAAUUGCUAGAAUCACACAAUCAAGAGCUAACAAUUGACGAGGUUAUAAAUAGAAAUGCGUAAGUAUGAGCAAGGUAUUGACCAAACUGAUUCGCUAGACCCAGUUGAAUCGGUAAAUCAAAUGACAAUUGCAAACUUAACAGAAGGGCUCAAUUCAAUUGAAAAGGGGUUACAAAUUUUAGAAAAAAUUGAUUCUAAUGAAGAACGCAUUUCUACUACAAAACGAGGGAUAAAAAAAUUACUGGUAUGCUACGAGGAAAUUUUACGUGAAAAGAAGAAAAAUUUAACUCGUCA